AUGGCGAACCGGUGGAGUCUGCUGAACUCGCUCUCCGUGGACCCCGACGCCGGGUGCAGGUUCGGGCAGUACUUCCGGGAUGGCCGGCGCAAGGUGGACUACAUCCUGGUGUACCACCACAAGAGGCCUGCGGGCGCCAGGGGCCUGACCCGGAGGGCCCCGGCCAGCGACACGGCGCUGGGCACUCGCCGCGUGAAGCAGGACCACCCGCUGCCCGGCCAGGGGGCCCCGGUGGAGGUGGACGCAGCGCCCGAGCCCCCCGUGGACUACCAGGAGGACGACAAGCGGUUCCGAAGGGACGAGUAUGAGGGCCACCUGCUGGAGGCCGGCCUGGAGCUGGAGCGCGACGAGGACACUAAAAUCCACGGGGUGGGCUUCGUCAAGAUCCACGCCCCCUGGAGUGUGCUCUGCAGAGAGGCUGAGUUUCUGAAAUUGAAGAUGCCAACAAAGAAGAUGUACCGCAUGAGCGAGACGCGCGGCCUCCUGAAGACCCUCAGCUCCGUCCUGCAGAAGAUCACCGACCCCAUCCAGCCCAGGGUGGCCGAGCACAGGCCCCAGACCAUGAAGAGACUCUCCUACCCCUUCUCCCGGGAGAAGCAGCACCUAUUCGACCUCUCUGAUAAGGAUUCCUUUUUCGACAGCAAAACCCGGAGCUCCAUAGUCUAUGAAAUUCUGAAGAGGACAACGUGUACCAAGGCCAAGUACAGCAUGGGGCAAGGAGAGGGAAGAAGGAAGGACUCUGCCCUUCUAAGUAAAAGGCGGAAGUGUGGGGAGCACGGCAUCACCAGCCUGCUGGCCAACGGCGUGUACUCGGCCGCGUACCCGCUGCACGACGGGGACUAUGAAGGGGACAACGUCCAGCCGAAUGACCGAAAACUCCUGUACGAGGAGUGGGCGAGCUAUGGGGUCUUCUACAAGUACCAGCCCAUCGACCUGGUCAGGAAGUACUUCGGGGAGAAGAUCGGCCUGUACUUCGCCUGGCUGGGCGCCUACACCCAGAUGCUCAUCCCGGCCUCCGUCGUGGGUGUCAUCGUGUUCCUCUACGGCUGCGCCACCAUGGACGAGAACAUCCCCAGCAUGGAGAUGUGUGACCAGAGACACAACAUCAUCAUGUGCCCGCUCUGUGACAAGACCUGCAGCUACUGGAAGAUGAGCUCGGCCUGCGCCACGGCCCGCGCCAGCCACCUCUUUGACAACCCGGCCACCGUCUUCUUCUCCGUCUUCAUGGCCCUCUGGGCUGCCACCUUCAUGGAGCACUGGAAGCGGAAGCAGAUGCGGCUCAAUUACCGCUGGGACCUCACGGGCUUCGAGGAGGAGGAGGAGGCCGUCAAGUGCCUCGCUGACCUGCCUGGCCCCCGGGCCGCCUGCUGCCCGCGCUUGCUGAACUCCCAGAGUCCAGCGGCCUCUCGGAGGGCCAGCUGCUGCCCGGGGCCGUGGGUCCCUGCCCGGCCGGGCCGCGUCCUGCCCUGCGGCACAGCCUCUCUUUUCCCCACCCGCCCUCAGAAGCACCGGCAUGUUCCGGAGGAAUCCACAAACAAAUGGAAGCAGAGGGUCAGGACGGCCCUGGCCGGGGUGAAACUGACAGACAAGGUGAAGCUCACCUGGAGAGACCGGUUCCCGGCCUACUUCACCAACCUGGUCUCCAUCGUCUUCAUGAUCGCGGUGACGUUCGCCAUCGUCCUGGGCGUCAUCAUCUACAGAAUCUCCACGGCUGCGGCCCUGGCCAUGAACUCCUCCCCCUCCGUGCGCUCCAACAUCCGGGUCACCGUCACAGCCACUGCGGUCAUCAUCAACCUGGUGGUCAUCAUCCUGCUGGACGAGGUCUAUGGCUGCAUAGCCAGGUGGCUGACCACCAUCGAGGUCCCCAAGACGGAGAAGAGCUUCGAGGAGAGGCUGACCUUCAAGGCUUUCCUGCUCAAGUUCGUCAACUCCUACACACCCAUCUUCUACGUGGCCUUCUUCAAGGGCCGGUUCGUGGGACGCCCGGGCGACUACGUGUACAUCUUCCGCUCCUUCCGAAUGGAAGAGUGUGCCCCCGGAGGCUGCCUCAUGGAGCUGUGUAUCCAGCUCAGCAUCAUCAUGCUGGGGAAGCAGCUCAUCCAGAACAACCUCUUCGAGAUCGGCAUCCCGAAGAUGAAGAAGUUCAUCCGCUACCUGAAGCUGAGGCGGCAGAGCACGGCGGCCCCCGAGGAGCUGGUGAAGAGGCGGCAGCGCUACGAGGUGGACUACAACCUGGAGCCCUUCGCGGGCCUCACCCCCGAGUACAUGGAGAUGAUCAUCCAGUUCGGCUUUGUCACCCUGUUUGUGGCAUCCUUCCCGCUGGCCCCACUGUUUGCCCUGCUGAACAACAUCAUUGAGAUCCGGCUGGACGCCAAGAAGUUCAUCACCGAGCUCCGGAGACCAGUGGCCGUCAGAGCCAAGGACAUAGGCAUCUGGUACAACAUCCUCAGAGGCGUCGGGAAGCUGGCCGUCAUCAUCAACGCCUUCGUGAUCUCCUUCACGUCCGACUUCAUCCCGCGCCUGGUGUACCUCUACAUGUACAGCCAGAACGGGACCAUGCACGGCUUCGUCAACCACACGCUCUCCUUCUUCAACGUCAGCGACUUCCAGAACGGCACAGCCCCCAACGACCCCCUGGACCUGGGCUACGAGGUGCAGAUAUGCAGGUACAAGGACUACCGCGAGCCCCCGUGGUCGGAGCACAAGUACGACGUCUCCAAGGACUUCUGGGCCGUCCUGGCAGCCCGGCUGGCCUUCGUCAUCGUCUUCCAGAACCUGGUCAUGUUCAUGAGUGACUUUGUGGACUGGGUGAUCCCGGACAUCCCCAAGGACAUCAGCCAGCAGAUCCACAAGGAGAAGGUGCUCAUGGUGGAGCUCUUCAUGAGGGAGGAGCAGGGCAAGCAGCAGCUUCUGGACACGUGGAUGGAGAAGGACCGUGACAGCGAGGACCCCUGCAACCACCACAGUGCCACGCCACGCCCCGGCGGCGGCGGCGGCCCGGGCCCCGGCGGUGACCGCGGGGGCAUGCUGUAGCUGCGGCGCUGCGGGCGGCGGCUUCCCGACGGGGGCGCCCUGGGGUGGGCGCACUUUGCCCCUCCAGGGCCCUGUGGCUCCCAGGAACAUGGAGGGCCACUUUCUGAUGGGACAUUUUUCUCUCUUCUUUCUGUUUUUCUCCUGUUUUUGCACAAAGCCAUUAUGCAGGGAUUUUUUUAUCGUUAGUAUUCAAGGUGAACCAACGUGAUGGCUGGUGGUGGGCAACAGCGGGCCAGGGCGGGCGCUUGGCAGGGCCCUCAGCGGGCCAGGGUCCCCUUCGCAGUGGGGAGAGAGCAGAGGCCCUAGAAAUCAUCUGUUCCUCUGACCGAUGCCUUAAGACAGUGACAGAUGGUCUCCACGGCAUCCGGCCCGAGCUGGAGCCAGGUUUGGGGAAGAACAGAGAGGCUGAGAGGGACUGUGGGGACGCAGCUCCCCAACGGGUCACCUGGCCGGCCGCAGGUCAGAGAAGCCCAGGACUGUGAUCCUGACUCCUUCGGUGAGCGCGGAAGCUGAGGCACUCUGCUCAGAGAGGUGCCUGGCCCUGGCCACACAGGGGCACGGGGCUCCCGUCCAUCCUUGGAGCCCAGGGGUGCAGGUGUCCUGAUUAAGCCAUAGCUGACCAGCACCCCUGCGCCAGCCUCACACCCUGGGUGCUGGGCUUCAUCAGUCGAUGCCCUUUUGUGAGAUGAGACCAGGGUGACAGGGAGGUGGGCAGGGAGAUCACCUCCAAGGUGAUCUGAAGGAGGUUCAAGGGCACCACCAAGUCCUAAGGCUUCUGAGAGUCAUUCAAAGCUUUAGAAUACUUCUUGGUUUUGUUUAGUUGUUUAAAACUAAACUGCGGGAUGUGGAGGAUUUUUUUUUCUGUAGCUCAAGGUGGAAGUUUAUUAGUUAACCAAGUAUCAUUGAGAGGAAUUUCAAAUACUGUUACUACCAAAGAUUUUUAUUAAUAAAGGCUUCUAUUUUGGUAACAUUUCUCUAUAUUUACUCACGGGAAUGUCUCUGAUGGACAAUGAUCAUUUUAAAAGCUUGUAGAUUAAAAAAAAAGUUCUCAUAAAUGAUAUGAGUGAUCUAAACUUGCACUGGUUAUACUAACCAGUUAUCUGAAAUUUCUCAAGCACCAAGAAACAAAACGUUUCAAGGCCAAGGAGAAGAUCUCCAUGGUGUGUUUGAGCGUUUCCUGGUGGUGAAAUUGACAUUCCUGCAGUUGACUGGCGGUCGGUGAUCGGAGCCCCUCCAGGGGUCAGGUCUUCCUUACUUGCUAAAAUCAAACUGAUGCUUCUAUUUUCUCUUGUACAGUAGGAGUUUCAAAUGGAGUUUUUGUAUAUAAAUAUUGUGUUAAGAAUUAGGUGACUACCAAAAUUCCUUUUAUGGAAUCCAUUUUUUAAAAAACUGAAUGUACACAAAUCCACAGAGGACUGUGGCUGAAUAUUCAUUUAAAUAAAUUUGAAAACACAA